GCUGGGAAAUAGUACAAUAUUUAUGGAAUUGGGGUAUUACAAGAGUAAGUUAUAAUUCUAAAGAUUUGGACUAAAUUGAUAAGCUCAUUCGCUCGAUGAAGUAAAAUAUGGAAAUCAGUUUCAAAAUUGGAUAAAUGAACUCAGAAGAUUGACAACAACAGAAACUUCACAACAACACUUGAUUAACAAACAAAACAAUAAAAUGUCUACCGCUGAAGAAAAAGACAAAGAGGCAAACGAAAGUAACAGUAGUUUUGGAGAAAGACUUGUCGUAGAUUUUGACAGUGUUCUGAAAUACGUUGGUUCAUGUGGACGAUAUCAGAUUCUGCUUGUGCUAAUGGCUUAUUAUGUUUGCCUUCCAUGUGGAAUGCAUCAAGUAGGUGCAGUGUUUUUAGCAGCCAUUCCAAAAUACCGGUGUUUCAUACCAGGAGUUGAUGGCAAUCCGUUGUAUGCAAAUACAUCUUGGGAUGAUAUCGUGAAAGCCACUACACCAGGCAAUGAUGGGGACUACGACACUUGUAAAAGAUACAACUACACUUGGAGCAAUUGCACUGAUGGCACAUUUGCUUGCCAUGACGGUAAAGAUGAGCCAAAUACAAUCGCCUGCAAAAAAUACGUUUAUGACGACAGUGUUUAUAAAAGCACCGUAACAACCGAGUGGGAUCUCGUUUGUGACCGACUCAUUGUUGGAACCAGUGUGACAGCGAUAUAUUAUGUUGGCGUCUUGUUCUCAGCUUUAAUAGGGGGAAACAUAGCUGAUCUAAUUGGAAGAUGCCCCACCAUGCUUGGAGGUCAGAUGGGUCUGAUGGUUGUUGGCAUGGGAUGUGCUUUUUCGCCUACUUUAGCCGCUUUUGCUGCUACAAGAUUUGCUUUGGCUUUAUUUCUCAUGGCAAGCUACGUCGCUUCAUUUGUGUACGUAAUGGAAAUAACUUCAGGAAAAUGGAGAACGUUCGUCGGUAUAAAUAUUCAGGCAGCUUUCGCAUUAGGAUACAUGAUAUUGUCAGGACUUGCGUAUAAUUGGAGAGAAUGGAGAGAACUUCAAUUUGUAAUUUCCCUGGUGUCGCUGCCAUUUGCUUUGAUGUGGAUUUUUAUGCCGGAAUCACCAAGGUGGCUAUUUUCAAAGGGAAGAGACGAGAAAGCUAAAGAUAUAACCCUUACAAUGGCAAAAAGAAAUGGAGUUGAUCUUCCAAAAGAUGUAUGGGAAAUGUCAUCAACAACUGAAUCCAAAGAUUACGGAAAGAUAUUUUCACCAAUUGAGUUAUUUCGUCGCCCAAAGAUGCGGAUACUUACUUUCAAUGUUUUAUUCAAUUGGUUCGUUAUAUCUUUGGUUUACUAUGGGUUAUCACUGAACGUAGGAAAUUUAGCAGGAGACGACUACGUAAACAAUACGUUGAGUGGAUUGGUUGAAUUGAUCGCAUUCCCCAUAGUUAUUUUAACAAUCGAUAGAUUUGGACGGAGAAUAAUACUUUGCAUAUCACUGAUCUUUGGAGGAUUGUCUUGCCUUGGGUCAACAGUUGCAAAUGUUUAUGCGGAAGAAAGCGAAGCAUUGGGAACACUCGGCACCGUGUUAGCUUUGUGCGGAAAACUUGCCGUCUCUGGGGCAUUUGCCAUCAUUUACAAUUACACCGCAGAAUUAUAUCCAACUGUAGUAAGGAGCACUGCAGUCGGUAUAGGAUCAAUGGCUGCCAGAGUGGGCAGUGUGUUAACGCCUUACACGUUAUAUCUACAAUAUUCUGUGCCCUGGCUCACUGGGACCAUUUUCGGAAUUUUAUCUUUGUUGGCCGGGGGAACUAGCCUACUUUUUCCAGAAACAAUGGGAGUACCAAUGCUGACCACUUUGGAUGAAGCUGAAUCAUUCUACGUCCAUCGCAAGUACGAUGGCACCUGCAGUUAUCAUCAGACUUUGCAAAGUGUUGAUUCGAAUAGCAACACAGACGAAGUAAAAUGUAUUGGAGAAGAUCCAAAGAAUACAGUUAUCGACUCGGCUCUCACUUCGCUCUGAUGAUGUACCUGUAAUUUGCUUCGCGAGAUACAAGAAGGUGUUCAGAUUUUUGUUAGGCAAUGUGUGUUUAUAUUAUGCUGUUUUCUGCAUAAAAUUUUUAAAAUUUAACGUCUGGUGCAGAAUCGUUGGACAGUGGAAGCUCAAGUAUGAAAUAUGCAGUGAGUUUAAUCAUAUUUUAUGGUCCAUAAAAUGAAUAAUUGAAAUUGACAAGUGCCUUUAUCUUUCUAGUCAUAUGAUUCUAACAAAAAUUUCUUGCUUAAACUCUCUAGCCUGAAUGAGUCCAAUUUGAAAUUCUUCUUUUGUAGAUUGGAAUUUUUUUUAUUGUCGUCCCAAUAGUGUUUGUUUGUUAGGCCAAACUUACUCAUUUGUAUCUUUUCUGCUAUCCCGUACAUACGUCUUUUAUAAAAGUCAUUUUUCUCGUAU